AUGGAACAAAUGUUUGAAGAAGAAACUUUGACUCGUGAACAUAUUGAACAAGCAGAGAAUAUGAGAAAAAUUCUAGAUGACAAAAAAAGUGUAAGUGCCAAUAUUAGCAAUCUAACAGCGAAAAGAAUAGGCUUUCCAAAGAUAAUUUACUAUAUGCGUCAUUUUCAAGCUCAACACAAUGUUGAUGCAAGGUAUGUCAAUAUAUUGGAUCCAGAUUUAACGGAAUAUGGAUUUGAGCAAGGUUCAAAAAUAACAUUUGAUGAUGAUCAAUUAGAGUUAAUCAUAUGUUCGCCACUCUCACGUACAAUUCAAACAUAUUUAUCCAUAUUUAAUCGCACGGAAAGGCGUCAACGAAUACCAUUUAAAUUGGAUGCUGAUUUACAGGAAAUCGAGGGAAAUCUAGCCGAUACUCCUCGUUCAAAAACUGAUUUGAAACAAAAGUUUUCUCAAUUAUCAUCAGCCAUCGAUCGUGAUUUAGACGAGAAUUUUAACGAUAAAAACAAUCCGUUAUACAGUGCAUUGCCGAGCAAAGUAAAAGAACGUGUCUCUAGAUUUCACCAACGUUUAUUAAAACAACAUAAGGAAACACAUAUUAUGAUUAUUACACAUGCUGGGUGGUUGCGUAUAGCGCUAAAUGGAAAAAUGUUUAUGAACGGACAAAUUGAAAAGCGAAUGUAUAAACACGGUGAUGACGUGGCCAGCAACAGCUAAACAAUUAUAAAAUACGAAAAAGUGGCACACGCUUUAUUUUCUUUAUCGAUUUUAUGCUCUUGUAUUCGAACUGAGGCUAUAAAAAAAAAUAGCUUGUUUUCAACACGAUACAAAACGAGGUAUUGAUCAGUAAAAGAAAUCAAACAGGCAGAUCUGUUUGCUCAUCUUAUUUGAGAAUCUAUCUAAAUGAG